AGUGUUGUCCAGUAUUUUUACAUUCAUUCUGUUUCCACCUUUUGAGUGUGAUCUCUGCAGUUUUCAAAUCCCCUAAUUUGAGUGGGUUCCACCCUUGUCUAAGAAAAGUGGUUUAAAAGCUUUGCCCGGCAAGCACCAGAAGAGAACUCAGAAAAAGGAAGACAGCAGCACAUGCAAUCGCGGAUGUGGCUUAGUCCUUGCUGCUGCCCCAGAGAGCUGUUCCAGCGUGCCGUCCUCAGUAAUGAAUCCAGAAGAGAGAAUCGUGACAUGGCUGAUAUCCUUGGGAGUUUUAGAUUCCCCCAAAAAGACUAUCUGUGACCCAGAGGAGUUCUUGAAGUCCUCGCUGAAAAAUGGGGUAGUGCUGUGCAAACUGAUCAACAGACUCAGGCCUGGCUCUGCAGAAAAGUACUAUCUGGAGCCCCAAACUGAAGCCGACUGCAUCGCCAACAUCAGUCACUUCCUGAAGGGAAGUGCAACCCUUCAAGUGGAGGUAUUUGAUCCUGAUGACCUUUAUUCAGGGGUCAAUUUCUCUAAGGUUCUGAGUACUCUUUUAGCUGUCAACAAAGCAACUGAAGAUCAGCUAUCAGAAAGACCAUGUGGACGUUCCUCUUCUCUUAGUGCUGCUAAUAGUCCUCAGACAAACCCACAGGGAGCAGUUUCUAGCACAGCUCCUGGGCUGCAAAGGCAGUCAAAGGCAGUGGAGAUGACAGAAAAUGGAAGUCACCAGUUGAUAGUAAAGGCAAGAUUCAACUUUAAGCAGACUAAUGAAGAUGAGCUGUCCGUUUGUAAAGGGGACAUCAUUUAUGUCACUAGAGUUGAAGAAGGCGGAUGGUGGGAAGGCACAUUAAAUGGGAGAACAGGCUGGUUCCCUAGUAAUUAUGUUCGAGAAAUUAAAUCCAGUGAGAGACCCAUCUCUCCCAAGGCUGUGAAAGGAUUUGAAACUACUCCACUUACUAAGAAUUAUUAUACCGUGGUGUUACAGAACAUCUUGGACACCGAAAAAGAUUAUGCUAAAGAACUCCAGUCCCUUCUUGUUACUUACCUAAGACCCCUGCAGUCCAACAACAACCUGAGUACUGUGGAGUUUACAUCUUUAUUGGGAAACUUCGAGGAAGUAUGUACGUUUCAACAGACGCUCUGCCAAGCCUUGGAAGAAUGUUCAAAGUUUCCAGAAAACCAACACAAAGUAGGAGGUUGUCUACUGAAUCUCAUGCCUCAUUUUAAAUCCAUGUAUCUGGCUUACUGUGCAAAUCACCCUUCAGCUGUAAAUGUGCUCACCCAGCGCAGUGAUGAUCUGGAACAAUUUAUGGAAAAGCAAGGUGCAUCCAGCCCAGGUAUCCUCAUUUUAACAACAAGCCUCAGCAAACCAUUCAUGCGGCUGGAAAAGUAUGUCACUCUCUUGCAAGAGUUGGAACGGCACAUGGAGGACACACAUCCAGAUCAUCAGGAUAUUCUGAAAGCAAUCAUCGCAUUCAAAACUCUCAUGGGGCAGUGCCAAGACCUAAGAAAGAGAAAACAGCUGGAGCUGCAGAUCCUUUCAGAACCUAUUCAGGCGUGGGAAGGGGAGGAUAUUAAGACCUUGGGCAAUGUGAUUUUUAUGUCACAAGUAAUGGUGCAGUAUGGAACAUGCGAGGAAAAAGAGGAGCGGUACUUCAUGUUGUUUUCCAAUGUCUUGAUAAUGUUAUCCGCAAGUCCUCGGAUGAGUGGCUUUAUCUAUCAGGGAAAAAUACCAAUAGCAGGAAUGGCAGUGACGAGAUUAGAUGAAAUUGAAGGGAAUGACUACACAUUUGAAAUCACAGGUAACGUAGCAGAGAGACUCGUGGUCCACUGCACUACCAGCCAGGACUUCCAGGAAUGGCUGGAGCAGCUGUCCAGGCUGAUCAGAGGGCCUGCGUCUUCCAGUUCAUUAUCCAAAACGUCAUCGUCCUCUUGCAGCGCUCAUUCCUCUUUUAGCUCUACUGGACAGCCCCGAGGACCCUUGGAGCCUCCUCAGAUUGUAAAACCGUGGAGUUUAAGUUGUCUACGGCCUGCACCUCCACUUAGACCAUCAGCAGCUCUAGGUUAUAAAGAGAGGAUGUCUUAUAUCUUAAAGGAGUCUAGUAAAAGCCCCAAAACGAUGAAGAAGUUUCUUCAUAAGAGAAAGACUGAAAGAAAGCCAUCAGAGGAGGAAUAUGUGAUUCGGAAAAGUACUGUAGCCCUGGAAGAGGAUGCUCAGAUUCUUAAAGUGAUCGAAGCCUAUUGUACCAGCGCAAAUUUUCAACAAGGCCAUGGUUCAAGUACUCGCAAAGAUUCAGUCCCACAGGUCUUACUCCCCGAGGAAGAGAAACUCAUCAUUGAAGAGACCAGAAGCAAUGGCCAGACCAUCAUUGAAGAAAAGAGCCUUGUCGAUACUGUUUACGCCUUGAAGGAUGAGGUCAAAGAACUGAAACAGGAGAAUAAAAGAAUGAAGCAGUGCCUGGAAGAAGAAUUGAAAUCAAGAAGGGACCUAGAAAAGCUGGUCCGGAGGCUGUUGAAGCAAACUGAUGAGUGUAUUCGGGCCGAGUCCAGUGGCAAGACCCCCAUUCUUUCAUAACCAUCACUGUGCAGCUGGGCAGAGCGUGCCUUUGGGGCAUCUUGAAAUGUCCAGCCAAACAAUUUGAGUCAGUUUGCUCCCUUCUUUGGUUUUUAUUUUUGGUCUGUGUCAGUCUCUCUCUCUCUUUCUCUUUCUCUCAAUUUGUUUGCUUGAGUGUUUGCUGUUGGUUAUUGGUUGGUUGUGUAUUUUUUUUCAACAGGGAUGAAAGCAAGAGGUGGUGGUAGAAAUCUCUCCAGAGUCUCUUCAGUUCAGUAAGAAAAGGAAAGCUAAUAUAGCCAAAGGACUUAAGUAGUCUUCAGAUGGCCUUCCAUUCACAGUGCCUCUUUAGCAGCCAUUACCGCUGGGUCACUCCUGUUGGGCUGGCUGCUACCCCAGAGGAGCUGGCCAUGGCUUUAGUGAAUGUGAACUUGACUUUUCCCCCAAUGCUUUCCUGUACUUACCUAAUUUACUGAAGGCAAAUUGAGCUCUGACUAGAGUAGGUGAAAGACUAAUACAUUUAGUCUUUCACCAGACCCAGUGACCCGGCUUCCCUUUCCCAGCCCAAUAUGUGCCACCCCCUCAAGCAUGCUUUCUUUCUUUUUUUUAAUACUGCCCUAUAUUGUCUAUAAGACCAAGAAAAAUUAGUGCCCGUAUUCCUUUUAUGUUGGUUUACAUUUUAACUCUGUGGGGCAGAAGCUCUGGUCAUCCGUGCCAACACCCAGUCCAUUAGCAAAUUGCACUGGACAGUCCUGCCCUUUAGCAGCAGAGCUGACCAUCUCUUCCCAAUGCAUGACAGGUUUUUCCCCUAGCCUUCUGCCUCUUGUAUAAGUUUUAUAUUUCCCCAGUGCUUUUAGCCAGCAUACCAAACACUGUGUAAAGUAGUAUGUGUGUGCUUUGCCUACUUUUUUAAAAACACAGACUGUGAGCAGUUACUUUAUCUACAUUGUCUAUUCUAAUGAUGACUUCUCAUGCUUCAAAACAAUCUGCAUUGAGGAGAUAUUGUGCCCUAGUAGACAGCUUUAAUUCAGUUUAUUGGUCUCCUGUAUAUGCUGUGAGAAGCUGAAAUGUUCAUCCGCCUCUUUGUGUAGGACUCCAAGCAUUAUUUGCAGAAAUGUGCCGUUGGUCCAGUUUGUAUAUCUGGAAAGAAAGGGCCCCUCUAAUAGCUGUGUGCUAGUUACUAGUGAGGCUGAUAAUUUGAAACUGGUUUACUCAAGUUGCUCAUUGAAGCAAACCAUUGCUUUUGUAAAUGUCUCAGAAAUUAGAACUGUGAUAAACCAAGUUUAGAAGAGGGUCAGAGAAGGACAGCACACGUCCCAAUUUUGCACAAUUGAAAGUCAGCCCGAGGUGUGAGGACAGAGCCAUGCAACCCACCCUCUCUGUCCCAAACACAAGUGCAGCUUGACUGGGUGGGGAAGAUCACUGGAGAGAGAGGCAAAGGGCCAAGGGGCUCAUCAGCAUUGUCUUUCAGGUACAUUUGAUGGAUGCCUACAAAUAUGGGUUUUGCAAGUGUUGGUUAGAAACCAAACUUGAAGCUUGAAACCCCCAGGUUGCUAAGCCCUUUUUUUUUUCUAGUACGGGGGUCUCAAGUUCCCAUAGCUAUACGGUACAGGGCUGUUGACUGCAUGUUGCACAGCAGAAAUUACACCAUCCACAGGAAAUGGACUAUUCCUGCCAUCCACCAUCAGCCAACCACACACAGCUGGCUUUGGAAGCUGAAGAGUAAAGAUUUCUGGGAAUGGCUGUUGUUGUGUUUUUAAGCACAGCAGUUUAGAUAUGCAAUCCUUAACCUCAAAAUUAAAAACAACCCAGACGUUAACAUCUGCCCUGUCUGUGGUUAGUCAAUGGCUUGCAAUAAAUGAGCAAACUAUAUCCAUAGGAAACAUUUUUGUGAUUAUAAAAUACUUACUUGAUAAGGUAUAGGAUUGCUUCAAAUACUGAAAGGUCUUUAUUUUAAAGUGACAUGUACAUACGCGUGUUUUGGGGACUUGGCCCUUCUGACGAGAAGCCCUGAGUACCCUCGGGUAAUGAUGCUUGUGCAGACUGGUGUCCGUGGUUACCCACUAAACAAUAAUAUAAAGGAAAUGAAGCCAUGUUAAUCUGAGAGCAGGGUCUCUGUAGCUGAGCUGUUUACAAUGGGUUCCUGUUCCCUUGGAGCUAAACUGCUGCCUGAGAGGCCUCUCAGGCCCUCUUCUGUUACGCCCCUUCUUACACAAGCUCAAAUUUUCUAACUUGUUUUUAUUUUGAAGACUUUUGAAAAGGACAUUUUCAAUAAAUAAAAAUAACAGUGCUUUAUAAAAUCA